UAUAAUGUUUCUUAUAAACUAAUAGAUUGAUUGUUAUGCUGUUUUUCUGUAAUCCCUGAAGUACACGUUUAACUUUUUUAGGUACUGAACAGAGGGUCAAAAGUUUUAAUAUUGGUCGUGGACGUUGUUUGCCGAAGAAACUCAAACGAAAAGACCGUGGGGGAAGAGUCAGUAAAGGACCUAACGUCUUUUCAGGAAUGGAUGAUUUUCAAGAGUUUAGUAAACCAGGAAAAAAAUGGAAGGUCAUGACUCAGGAGUUUAUUAACCAGCACACAGUGGAACACAAAGGAAAACAAAUCUGUAAAUACUUCCUGGAAGGGAGAUGUAUCAAGGGAGAUCUGUGUAAAUUUGAUCAUGAUGCAGAGUUGGAGAAGAGAAAGGAGAUCUGCAGAUUUUAUUUACAGGGAUAUUGUACCAAAGGAGAGAACUGCAUUUAUAUGCAUAAUGAAUUUCCAUGCAAGUUCUAUCAUAGCGGAGCAAAAUGUUACCAAGGAGACAACUGUAAAUUUUCCCAUGAUGAUCUGACUAAAGAAACAAAGAAACUUUUGGAUAAAGUGUUGAAUACUGAUGAAGAACUUAUGGAUGAAGAUGAAAGAGAAUUAGAAGAACUCAGAAAGCGUGGCAUAACUCCUCUUCCCAAACCGCCUCCAGGAGUUGGGCUUCUGCCAACCCCACCAGAGCAUUUUCCUUUUUCUGAUCCUGAAGAUGAUUUUCAGACCGAUCUCUCUGAUGAUUUCAAGAAAAUUCCAUCUCUUUUUGAAAUAGUUGUCAAACCUACUGUGGAUUUAGCACAUAAAAUUGGAAAGAAACCACCAGCAUUUUAUAACAGUGCCUCACCACCAGAACCAGAAUUUCAGGGGAGCAGUCCACAUCCUCAGCAUAUCUAUUCUGGGUCAAGUCCAGAUCCUGGACCUAAUGUGUCUCAGGAAUGCAGUAGUCCUGUGAUGCAUCCAGGAUCCCCUGGACAUUACCCAUGUAUAGGAUCUCCUGGCCUACCAAUGCCACAGAGCCCACCAUUGCCACCUGGUCCUCCUGAAAUUGUAGGCCCUCAAAGUCAAGGUGGAGGACUUGUUCAACCAGAUGCACCUUUGAUACCACGGACUAUGAGUGGAGCUUACCACUCCCCGGGCUUUCCAGGGCAUAUAAUGAAAGUACCCAGAGAAAAUCACUGCUCUGCAGGUUCAUCAUACCAGCAAAUUCCUGGUGAAAUGCAGCUACAUACUGAUUAUGUUCUGCAAAGCCCAGCUGAGUUUUAUGAUAAUUACUAUUCACAGCAUGCUGUACAUAAUUUUCCUGAACCCAAUAACUCUGAUGAUGGCAUAUGGCAUGAGGAAUUUGUCCAGCAGCACCCUCACAUCAUUCAAGACUCUCCUAACCUGGGGAAUGGACCUGACAUUAGCAGCAACUUGACAGGCCAUGGCCCUCUGCCUGCUCCAGGGCUCCUCCCUGCAGUGCAGCGAGCUCUUUUCAUCCGACUUACUCAGAGAUACCAGGAAGGUGAAGAACCAGUUAGCACUCAACCUCAUAAAGCACCAAUCAAGGAAGAAGAUGAUACAGUUAACUGGUAUUCCAGUAGUGAAGAGGAAGAAGGAAGCAGUGUCAAGUCAAUACUGAAAACAUUACAGAAACAAACAGGAACUUUAAGGAAUCAGCAGCAGUCUUCCACAGAACUCAGCCCUCCUACUGAUCCAAGACUUGCUAAAGAGAAAAGUAAAGGAAAUCAAGUGGUUGACCCUAGACUUAGGACGAUCCCAAGGCAAGACAUUAGAAAACCUUCUGCAUCUGUACCAGUGGAUCUUAGACUUGCAUGGGAUCCCAGGAAGUUAAGAGGAAAUGGAAGUGGUCAUGUAAGCUCUUCAGUUGGUGGAGCAAAGUUUGAUUUGCAUCAUGCAAAUUCUGGCACUAAUAUCAAACACAAAAGAGGAGAUGAUGAUGAUGAAGAUACAGAAAGAGAACUGAGAGAAAAAGCUUUCUUAAUACCUUUGGAUUCUUCACCUGGUAUAAUACUCCAGGAUCCAAGGUCACGAUUGAGACAGUUCAGUCACAUUAAAAUGGACAUUAUCCUAACCAAGCCCAACUUUGCAAAACACAUUGUGUGGGCUCCAGAAGACUUACUUCCAGUACCUUUACCUAAACCUGAUCCAGUAUCUUCAAUCAAUUUACCUCUGCCCCCUCUUAUAGCUGACCAGAGACUCAAUAGGUUAUGGAAUGCAAAAAGUGACCUUCAUCAAAACACACUGUCCACUGAUUCAAAAUUAGUGGCCAAAACAAAAAUUAAUCCAACAAACAGAGAAGGAUACUUAGAACAAUUUGGAGACUUACACAAUUCAGGAAGUAAGUUAGGAGAUCCUAGGCUACAAAAGAAUUUUGAUCCUAGGCUUCACAGACUUCCCAGUACAGAGUCUCAUCAUUUGCUUAUGAAGGAAUCCCAUACAUCAAAGAGUGCCCCUCGUUUAGCCAGAUCAAACCCUGGUUCAUCACAGCCCUUGGGAACAAUAACUAGCAGUGCUGGUCCUGUGGCUCUACCUCCAUAUGCCCCUAAACUCUCUUCUUCAGCUGGUCUUCCACUGGGAACUUCAAGUUCAGUUCUUGGUGGCAUUAGUUUGUAUGAUCCUAGAGAACAGGGUUCAUCAUCUAUGUCAGAGCUAGCAGCAGUUUCUUUAGGAGAAAAUGCAGAGAAUCAGAAAAAAAGUGGUAGUUUAAAAAUUAGUGACAAAAAUGAACCUUCUCCUGGAGAAGCAAUCCUGCCACACAAAACCACUCCAAACACUGAAGUUACUAUUGAUGGGCCAGCUGACACAAAGGCAGACAGCCUCCAGAGUUCCGGUAAGAUUCAAGUCUCAGCAGUGCACAGUCUUCCUAUUCAGGCCUUAACAGGCUUAAUUAGACCCCCAUACAAUGAUCCAAGGCAAGCAAGGCAGCCUGGACAGGUGAGCCCAACUCCAGAUAAUGAUCCCAGUAAAGAAACAGAUGACAAAUCUCUGAAAGAGGUUUUUAAAACUUUUGAUCCAACUGCUUCACCAUUUUGUUAGCUAUUAUGUAAUUAAGCAGUUCUUUUCACUUGUGAUAUUUCAGUCCUCUGCUGUUUUGUAACUGGUUUACCUCUAUAGUUUAUUUAUUUUUAAAUUAUAAACACUUUUCAGCUGCUAGUAUCAGAACCACAUGAAAUUAUAUCCUCUAAAGCCUGUGGUAUUUUAUAUAAUAUUUUUAUAACUUUAAGAGACUGUAGUGAUUGACAUAGAAAUACAUAUCAUGUUAGUUUCAAUAAAAUACUUUUAUUGUGAAUAAUUCACCAUGAACUCAGCACUCUGCCUGACCAUAUGCCAGUUGUCUUUCAUAAUCAAUGUUUAGAUAAACGACUUCCACUUUUAUAUGGUUGUUUAGUUUUAAGCAAUAUGAUAUACAUUACUUUUGAGAACCAGUAUUUUGACUAGGACCCUCUAUUUGUCAGCACAGAAAUGAUUAGUGUGUAAUGCCAACUGCUAACUAAAAUGUAAAAUGAAGUAUCAAACAUUGUAAAAUCAUAAUUAGCAGAGAAGUUCAUGUUUAAGGGCAUCACUUUUAUUAGUAUUGGCAAUAUUAUUUGUGUAAAUGAAGCAUUUGAAUGUCGUAUCUUUUUAAAGUAUUUUAUUGUAUACUGUAUUAUAGAAGUUGGAGCUAUAUAAAUAGAAUGUUUUGCUUAAGUGAAAUAUUCCCAAGUUCUUUAACAUAACUUUUUAAAUUUAAUUUUUCAUAUUAAAUAGUUAUGAAUUACUGUGUUACAUUGUGAUGUUAUAUAUUUCAGUGUUUGUCUUUAGCAGCAUAAUUUAUAUUACUUUUUCAAAUGAUGUAGCUAUAAUAAUUGUGUUCAUUAUGACUUUGGCAAUUUUUAACAAAAUUUUAAAAGAUCCAGUGAGUCUAUAGUGAUUAUUACACUAAUAAUAUGUUUUAAAUGUCUAGGUUCUAUAUUUUUUCUUAAAUAACAAGAAAAUACAGAGAUGGCAGGUAUAGUCAACUGUAAAUGGCUACCAAUAAAGAAUAUGUUUCAGAUCUC